CGCAUUUUUGCUCGCCCUUUUCCAGCUGCAAUCUUAAAGACCGCGUCGGCGUCGCUUGGAAUUGACACAGCGCGGCUCCUGUUUCCGAACGCUUGCAGGCUUGUAGCCCCUAUUCUGCGUCUUAAUCUUGGCUUAUAUAGACCGUCAUUUCAAGCCUUGCUGCCCCGCGCAGGCAUUUGCUGCUACACCUUUUGCUUGCCUCUCGUCUCCCCCACCUUGGGCUGUUAUUCGAUUCAAGAAGCUUCUACGAACAACGAGCGCGCAUCGCCCGUCGCAUAGAAAUCUCUCGUUGCGAUCCGUAUUCUUCACCCACUGUUUCUCUCCUCAUUUCCGAUUUUCGCGUAACAAAAAAAAAAAAAAUGGCCUAUCAGCGCCCUUACGACGAAGACGCUCUGCCCAGAUUUGCCGAGCCUGAGCCCAAACCAGGUUCGGUGCCACCACAGCAUGGCGGACCGCCUCCACAGGCGAGAUACGAUCGACCGCCGCAACAGCAGCAAUACCACCAGCCGCAGCAGUACCAGCAGCACCCUCCUCUCCAGCAGCAGCAGCCUUCUCCCAGACACGACCAGCAUUAUGACCGUCCCCCGCGGCAAAAUACAGGCGGGCAUGGCCAAGGACAGCCGAGAUACGACCAGCAACAGCAACAGCAGCGACACGACAAUAGAUCACCGAUUCAUCACCCAGGGGCGUAUGGCCUAGGAUCGCCGCCUCCUGUUGCCGCUGCCCAGCGCCCGGCAGCUCAACAUCACCCUGCUGCGACCUCCAGGCCACCGCCGUCUCCCGCCAACGAUGGGAGUGGAGCUGACCCGACGCUGCUGCCCCUGUUCAGGGCUGUUGACAAAGAUGGAACUGGACACUUAUCCGAAAAGGAGCUCUCAGCAGCCUUGGUCAACGGCGACUGGACCGCAUUCGACAUCCAGACGGUCCGCAUGAUGAUCCGCAUGUUCGACUCAGACCGCAGCGGCACCAUUGGCUUCAACGAGUUCUGCGGCCUCUGGUCCUUUCUCGCCUCGUGGCGCACUCUUUUCGACCGCUUCGACGUUGACCGCAGCGGCAGCAUCUCCCUGCCCGAGUUCACCGACGCCCUCAUCGCCUUCCGCUACCGCCUCAGCCCGCAGUUUGUCGAGCUGCUGUUCCGCACGUACGACAAGCGCAACGAGGGCGUCAUGAGCUUUGAUCUGUUUGUUCAGGCGUGUAUCUCGCUGAAGCGCAUGACGGAUGUGUUUAAGAGGUAUGAUGACGACCGGGAUGGAUAUAUUACGUUGAGCUUUGAGGAUUUCCUGAGCGAGAUUUUGAAGCAGAUGAAGUAAAAAGGGAGAAACAUUCUGUUGGAAUCAUGGGAAAUUAGAAAAGAGAGAGAUGUUAAAGGAAGGAAAGAAUGGGCUGGAUUUGCUUGGGGGGGUUUUUUUAUAAACUUAUACAUCAUAUAUUGGCGGAUAGGUCUGCGGAAGUAGACAAUGUCCAAAUGUCGACGCGGCUUGGCAGAUGGAUGCGCGAUACCCUGGGAGAUGUGAGGGCAUCUCAUUUGUGUAGGCGAGACAAAUUUCGAUUUAGCUAUUAUAAUCAUCAUUGACUUGACUUUUACUAGGUA